GUAGAUUAAACAAUGGCCUUUUCAGAACUGCAGCUUUCACCACAACCUGCCCAUGCCCAUGCCCACACAACAGGCUAUCAGAGUGCCAGUCGGGAAUACAGCAAUUGUCAGUGAACAACAGCCCAGAGGGAACAAGAAAAGCCUUGUGGUACAUGAAGCAAGAGCACGGAGCAACUUGAAUCUCUGCUUAUUCAAUAACUGGACUCUCCUAGUUCCUCUCAGCUUUUCUUUAAGUGCUGGGCAUAGGGAGCUGGCUUGACCUUUAGUUAAGUAUCCCUGAUAAGUCCAGAGCAGCAAAAAUUUCAUUUUUUGACUCAAAAGAACUUCAAAGGCAAGACGAUCCCAGAGCAGAGGGAAAGAAGGUCAGGAGCAGACAUGGUGGGCCACCAAAAAUGCACCACGGAAGAGGACUCCAGGGACAGUUGCGCUCCCAAAUUCUGGCACAAGACCCUGACUGCACCUGCCCCAUUCGCAGAUGAAACCAGCUGCCAGUGCCAAGCGCCCCAUGAAAAACUGACCAUUGCUCAGGCUCGUUUGGGAACACCAGUUGAUAGGCCUGUCAGAGUGUAUGCAGAUGGCAUAUUCGACCUCUUCCAUUCAGGUCAUGCGAGGGCGCUUAUGCAGGCAAAAACACUGUUUCCCAACAGCUACUUGUUGGUCGGAGUUUGCAGUGAUGAUCUCACCCACAAAUUCAAAGGUUUCACCGUGAUGAACGAAGCGGAGAGAUAUGAAGCUCUCAGACACUGUCGCUAUGUGGAUGAAGUCAUCAGAGAUGCUCCGUGGACUCUGACACCAGAGUUUCUGGAAAAACACAAGAUUGACUUUGUGGCUCAUGAUGACAUUCCCUACUCUUCUGCCGGCUCUGAUGAUGUUUACAAGCACAUAAAGGAAGCAGGAAUGUUUGUUCCGACGCAGAGAACAGAAGGCAUCUCAACAUCAGAUAUCAUCACCAGAAUCGUCCGUGACUAUGAUGUUUAUGCCCGGCGCAACCUCCAGAGAGGGUACACAGCCAAGGAACUGAAUGUCAGCUUUAUAAACGAAAAGAAGUACCGUUUCCAGAACCAAGUGGACAAGAUGAAAGAAAAGGUCAAGAACGUGGAGGAAAGGUCAAAAGAAUUUGUUAACCGAGUGGAAGAAAAGAGCCAUGAUCUAAUUCAAAAAUGGGAAGAGAAAUCACGGGAAUUCAUUGGCAACUUCCUAGAACUGUUUGGACCUGAUGGAGCAUGGAAACAGAUGUUCCAGGAGAGGAGUAGCCGGAUGCUACAGGCCUUAUCCCCGAAGCAGAGUCCUGUGAGCAGCCCAACCAGAAGCCGGUCCCCUUCCCGCUCCCCAUCACCCACCUUCUCAUGGCUCCCAAGCAAAACCUCGCCCCCAUCCUCGCCCAAAGCUGCCUCAGCCUCCAUCAGCAGCAUGAGUGAGGGGGAUGAGGAUGAGAAGUAAAGGUGGCUGUCAGGCAGGAGCCACACCACGCAGGAUGAGGAGAGGGGUUCUGGGGGAUGCUGGGUGGUGUCUGAGGGGAAAGAGUCACAGGAGCUGCUGCUCCGCAGGGAGACCCUGAGGUCUGCUAAGGGAAGGUCUUGGGACCCGUUCUCCCUCAUUCUCCACACAGCCCAGCAUGGGUUCAGCAUGGAGGUUUCCAGCUGGACAACCUGUACAAUCUUCUUAGCAUCAUCUAGAACCACUCUACUUUAACCUUGCUAAGGAAAAGUGCAGAGCACCUCAGAGGGUCUUUCAUGGAGAGGGGUGACCUCUGCUUUGGUCUAUACACCCAUCCCCAUCAAGUAAACCACUUGUGGACGCGGCUGUUCCCUCAACCUGCUACUUCUGCCUCUAUAAGGCCCUGCACGUUGCCUCCUACCACCCAAAAGCUCUGCCAGAAUAAAUUCAUUUCCAAUAGAGGCAGCAAAGUGCUAUUGAAAUAGUCGAGUUAAGAGACAAAUUCCAGCCUUCUCAGUUCAGCCACUAAGACUUGAUGUUGCAACACAUGAACUCAUUCCAGUUGCAGGACCACAGCUCAGAAACGAAGCCCCGCUGGGGCCAGAUGUAAAAGGUGGCCUGGUGUGAACCUUAACUUCUCAUUCAAAGGACAGUUUUGUUGAGGAGAACUCCAUCUAAGGCCUAAUAUGUUCCUGGCUGUACUUUCUCAUCAUUGGUUUGACUUCACUGUUUUCCAGAAAUUACCUUAACCUGUGGGAACUGCAACAAGGAAAAACAUCCUGUAUUGAAAAAGAAAGAGGAGCUGCUUUUGCAUUGACUCCAAAUUUGGCAGAUAAGAAAUGUCUCCUGAAGCUUCUCUUAAAGGAUGCUAUUAUGGAAUGGCUUUCCCAUUUCUGACCAGUUAACGGUUUCAUAGGCCUCAAGUAACAGUUCGAUGUACCAAACACAUAGUAUACUGAUAGGGGGUGCUACCUGCACGUAUCUGUUCUAUGUAUGCUCCAAAUAAUGCUAUCCCAGGGUGUGUAUCAUACGCGAUGAGUUAUAUGGUGGUAGCAUUUUCCAAUAUCCUCCUCUCCUGCUCUCUACCCUAAUACCCUGCUGAAAUCCUUGAUCUAAAGAACCAUUUGGUUCCCUUGUGACUUGGACACUUUGGCAGAAGCUCAUGCCAGAUUCCCAUAGAAAUAUUUUGCCCCAACCAGGAAAUUACUGUUGUUCUCACGGUCUACCAUAACAUUUUUUGGGUGAAGGAAGGAUCUGAAGAGUUUUUUUGAGGGCUGUGGGCUUAGUUAACUGAACAGUCUAGGUGGUGUUGCAGCUAUGUCUGGCACCUAGGUUUGCCACAUGAAGUCUUUGUGUGAAGUUACUGCUGCCUAAUCGCAUGUUGGAAACGGGCAGGUAAAGUCAAGGUUCAGUACCCAACUCUUGGGCAGGUGUAGCUAUUGCCUGGUUAUGCUGGUAAAGUCAGACAGAGCUGGGACAUGAUUGGGCAGAGGCCCCAACCAACAACUUGUGGGCAGAUCCCAGCACUCCCUGUGACAGAAGAAGCCCUUUUCAGAGACCUUGGGAAUCAGCUUUCUGGGAGAAACCAGUGAAAGAAGAUGGCAUGUCUCUCCCCUUUGUGUUGGGGUCGAACUACCUCCCUGCCUACCUGGAGACAAGUGGUGUUUAUUAGAAAGCAAAGCUAUGAGGCUAAGGUGGCUUGGGACCUCCUUGUUCCUGGCACUUUCUCCAGAAUUCUGAAAAGCAUUUGUACAGGACUGAGGGCAAGCAGAAAGAUGGUCUCUGAGAGGGAAUAUUCCUUUAUCAGUCACGAUCCUCCCUUUUCACAUCAUUCUCCAGAGAGAGAGAGAGGAGAGGGCUCCAUUCUUCCAUACUGACUCCCACUGAGCUCCCAGGACAAACGGGGCUCGUGUGUCUGCCGCGUCAGUUGAUUGACACACGUAGCAGUGAAAGAACAUGAUGACAAGCCAGGUAAGGGAAGGUGGUGAGAACAGGGGAAGAGAAAACAGAUAAAAGGCUCCUGGACAGAGGGAAGGAAGAUAAAGAAAAUCUGCUCUGUUAAGCCAUUUCAGGGCCUCAUUCUGUAGGUGAAACUUGCUUGGGAAAGCCAUUUUGUGCUCUGAUUCCAUGGCCCAGGGCAAACAGAUCCCCUUUGACCGGAGUCCUGCUCUAAAGCAAACUCUGGGACUGAUACAUCAGGCUGGCUCUAAAUUUGCAGGCUUCACACACCACAUUGACAAGUGCCAUGUAUGUGACUCAUCAGAUAGUGCCACCACAACUGCCAAUUGUGGGAAAUGACCAAGGCCUGGGAUACUCCAGGGAAGGGCCAAAAUAACCCGUGAGUGGGUUCUACAUCUCAUCCCUCUAACCUUCAGCAAAACCUCCCCACCUUCUUGAGGAGGAGUGGGGAAGAUUCCAUAACCCAGGCUUUGAUACUCGUGGGUAUUUCUCUGUCUCUCCCAGCCCCUGUCACCUACCUUCCCUGCACCCAGGAGGAGCUGGGCCUGGGCUUUGGGCCAUCCAGUCAACCGUCAUGGCCAAGAGUGAGUUAAGGCUGAACCAGGAAAUAGGGAACAUGCACUGCAAUCUUGGGGAGGUGAGCAGAAGUGAUGGAAAGCAAGGAAAGAGAUGCUUUUUGCUCUGGGAAUGGAAGGAGACCUCAGAGGGAGGAGGGCUUGUGGGCAGCGCUUUAGGAUUAUGGAGGGGCAGGUAGUGAAGAUGGGAGAACACGGGACAGAAUGGGUGGGGAUCGGGAGUGUGCCGCUUUUUCUACUCCCUUUCAAGGGUUCACUUAGCCCCUACCAGGUGAAGGAGAAGGGUUUCUGUUACAGUACCAACUUCCAAGGUUAGUGGAGAGCCAUGCAGCGGCUGGGGUCCCCGCUUCUCCUUUCAGCACUCCACACCUUCCUGACAGGGACCCUGAGAUUAAGUGCUGACCUCCUCCUCCAAGCUAAGCACCUGAGGCCAGACUGUUACUUACAGUCACACUGAAUGGCCACAAGCUCCUGGGCGCCAGGUCCUUGCAAAGGCAAAGGCAAAGGCGAGGCAGCCGUGCAAGGAGCAGGACACAGACGUCGCCUGGCCCCUGACUUGCUCUGGGUGGAAGAGACACUGGUGUGGGAUUUCGGUCUCUUAGGCUACUAGAUGCUGACUCCGUCCUUUAAGGAAGGAACAAGAAGAGCACAGAUUUAUUUUCUCUCCGUCUUCAGAACUUAUUUUAGCACCCAGCCAUACCCCAGGGAGAGAUGUGACAUGACGUCACUGGCUCGGCUGAAUCAGAUGAGCCCCUAUCUAGCAGAGAUGCGCCAGUGUUGCGGGCAUCCAGUCAGCACUGGUCCAGCCCAUCUGAGUCUAAAAAAAGAAAUAGCUCAUGAGGCAUAUGCAACUUCUAUUCUCUUCCUCUUGUGACUCCUCUCUGGUUUUUGUUUCAGGGUGUGUGUGUGUGUGUGUGUGUGUGUGUGUGUGUGUGUGUCUGCAAUAUGUCCAGGGACAAAGCCAUAAGAAAAACAUACAUACUUAAGACUCUGCUGUACAUAGAAGACAAGAAUAUGACCCAUCUGUGUUGUAGCACGACCUUAUGCCCAAGCAUUUGAUUUGCUCUGGUGCUGAAUAAUGCAAACUACUGGAAUCAGCCCCUCUUCUGGUACCUCCUCCCCCUUCCCCUGCUCCCAAAUGGAACACAGCAUUCCUGACUCGUUUAUAAAUAAAGGGAUGCAGAAUUACA